GCCUUCCAAGGCAACCCAAGCGGAGGCGCCUCAUUCAGGGAACCGCGCAGGACAAACAUUCCCAUGGCCAGCUGGGCCUUGGAGCUGCUCGGCUUCUCCCUGAGCCUGCUGGGCCUCGUUGGGACAUUAAUUGCCACCAUCCUGCCGCACUGGUGGCGCUCGGCCCACGUGGGCACCAACAUCAUCACGGCUGUGGCCUACGUGAAGGGGCUGUGGAUGGAGUGUGUGUGGCACAGCACUGGCGUCUACCAGUGCCAGGCGUACCGCUCCCAGCUGGCGCUGCCCGCCGAGCUCCGCGCCGCCCGGGCCAUGAUGGUCACCUCCUGCCUGCUGGCCCUGCUGGCGGCCGUCGUGGCCGUGGUGGGCAUGAGGUGCACGCGCUGCGCCGAGGGCAGCCCCGCCAAGGCCGCCAUCGCCGGCUCCGGUGGCGUCGGCUUCGUGGCGGCCGGGCUGCUCUGCCUGGUGCCGGUGUCAUGGAGCACCAACGACGUCGUGGUGGAUUUCUACAACCCCACGCUGCCCGCUGGGAUGAAGUAUGAGAUAGGGCAGGCUCUUUAUCUGGGGUUCGUCUCCUCGGCCUUGACCAUCCUGGGUGGGGGCCUGCUGUGCACGUCGUGCCUCGGGAAUGAGGCGCCUUUCCAGCCGCGUUCCGGAGUGCCUCCGUCCUCCAGGCCACCCAGUGCCUCCAAGGGCGACCACGCUCCUUCCCUGACAUCUGCGUCCCACAGCGGCUACAGACUGAGCGACUACGUGUGAGUUCUCCCGGGAUCUGCCCCGGGAAUUCUGUGCCUGGCACCAGAGAACUUGGAAUGGAUGUUGAAGUUUACCGUCGUUCGCUCCUUCCUUUUCUUCCCGGAGGAGGAAAGGAUGUGGGUGCAGAACUGCUGCCUGUAAAACCUGGGAAAUAAAGGCAAAGGAGGCUGAGAUAUUCCCAAGGCAGCACACCCCUCUCUACCUCCAUCACGGCUUUCCAGGUAAUUCAAGAGGUAUUUUGUUAAAAAUCAUAGUUUGGUUUGGAGUCAGUGCCCUGUGAAGCAGAACUGGCCACAUCUCUUUGUUCUUCUCAAAAAAAAGACAGUUUUCCUUAAAACCUGGAAUUUCUUGGGGAUACACAGUGAUUUCCAGCACUGAC